CGGCGGUCAUGUGAGGAGCAGGCGGCCGGGCGCGCGGCCUGGAAGCAUGCAACGUGCGCUUGCGCUCGGCGGAAGACCUGCGCGACACAUUGGAUGCAAUGAGAAUGCCCUGGUGAUAUCUUGAGGCACGCAUUGCGGCGGUUUCACCCGCGGGUUGAUAUCUUUGACGGAGGAGAGAUGUCGGAGGAUUCCCAACGUUCUAAAAGGGCUCUUGCACAGACAACAGGCUCGCCGCGUCCAUGGAGCAGUCCUCAUCAUCCAAUGCAGCUAUUGUCGAAGGCGAUGCUUGGUCGGAUGACGAUCAAGACGUGUUGACGGUGGGAGUGUCGAACCUGUCGUUGGUGGACUCGAGCAGUGUCGACAAGGACGACUCGAUGGAAGAAUUCUUCAACUUGCUGUACAAGGACUUCCCCAUGCAGGUGGCCAAGCAGAUCUCUCGGAACGAGCGCCGCGCGAACGGAUACGUGUCGUCUACGCUCGUGUAUGGCGAGAUCGAUUUCCGCCACUUCCGCACAGUCUUCGCCUCGAUUCUCAAACGGCACGACGUCCUGUCCAAGCCUGGCGGCGUCUUCCUCGACAUUGGAUGCGGAAGCGGCCGCCCUGUGUUUGCGGCGGCGCUCCUUCAUGACUUUGACGAGUGCGUCGGGUACGAAAUCCUCGAAGGGCUUGCACACGUUGCGAUGGACGUGGCGGCCAUUUGGCAUCGCGAGAAGAAGGACGCCAACCUGCCGCCGCUGAAGAAGCGGACGCGUAUCGUUAUCCACCACGACGAUGCAACGGCCGUGGGGGACUGGCCCAGCGCCGACUUUAUCUUUUGCAACUCGACGUGCUUUGACGAGAGGCUCAUGCGCGCCGUGUCCAAGCAUGCCAUUGCCGCGGUCAAGGCGGGGGGCGUUGUUGUUACCGCGACCAAGCCGUUGAUUCUUGAGACGCAGGACGCCGUCGCGGCCGUCGCGCUCGUGUCGACAUGCAAGAUGCAGGAGAGCUGGGGCCCUGCCACGCUAUACAUUUACAAACGAAGUUAAAAGUCGUCGUCGUCCGCAUCUUCUUCGUCGGAAAACGCCUGUGCGAUUCAAGAGCUCGAUGAACUUGGCUUCGUCGAUCUGACCCGGCAAUUGACCACGCUGUGCCAUUUGGAUCAUCGUGUCUUCCAACGCCGCCGCCUUGUCGGGCUUGACGAUAGCAAUGCGAGACACUACGUCGUUGCAAGAAACGAUUCGGUCAUGCGCAUGAGAUGAAAACGAUGACGUACAGCGCUCUUUCGCCUCUGGAG